AAAAAUCGCCAAUCGUCUCUGCUCUUUCUUAACGCCCUCUCUCUUUCUCACUCUACUUCAUUGGGUUUAUUUUCCCUACUUUACCUUACCUUAUACUUUCUCCGAUGGCGCACGAUAGCGAUCUCCCAUGCGACGGCGAUGGCGUCUGUAUGGCCUGCAAAACGAAGCCAUCUGAGAACGAAUCCCUCAUCUGCAACACUUGUGCCACUCCCUGGCACGUCAAUUGCCUCUCUGCUCCUCCCGAUUCCAUGGCCGACGCCGUCAACUGGGAGUGUCCUGACUGCUCCUUGUCUCCCGAUGCCCCCGUUAAACAGAAUGCCGCUGCUUCCUCCUCCUCCGGCGACUUGAUCGCCGCUAUUCGAGCCAUUGAAUCUGAUUCCUCGCUCACCGAGCAGGAGAAGGCCAAGCGACGACAAGAGCUCUUGAGCGGAGGCUCCAAAGACACUACUCUCGAGGGGGUUAAUCCAGACAACGAUGUGCUAAAUAUUCUCGAUGGAAGUUUGAACUGCUCUAUGUGCAUGCAACUGCCAGAGAGACCUGUCACGACACCUUGUGGUCAUAAUUUUUGCCUGAAGUGCUUCCAAAAGUGGGUUGGACAGCGGAAGAGUACCUGUGCUAACUGUCGCACUCCUAUUCCAGCUAAAAUGGCAAGCCAGCCUCGAAUUAACUCUGCUCUGGUCAUUGCCAUAAGAAUGGCAAGAAUGCUACGGUCUGGUACCUCUGGUGGGACCUCAAAAGUUGCACAUUUCAUUCACAACCAAAAUAGACCUGACAAAGCUUUCACCACUGAGCGUGCAAAAAAGACUGGGAAGGCUAAUGCUUGCAGUGGGAAGAUUUUUGUUACAAUCCCUGGUGACCAUUUUGGACCAAUUUCAGCAGACAAUGAUCCAGAGCGCAACUUGGGUGUUUUGGUUGGUGAGACUUGGGAGGAUCGUUUUGAGUGUCGGCAAUGGGGGGCUCAUUUCCCUCAUGUGGCUGGUAUUGCAGGGCAGUCAGAUUAUGGGGCCCAGUCUGUUGCACUUUCUGGAGGGUAUGAAGAUGAUGAGGACCAUGGUGAAUGGUUUCUGUAUACUGGAAGUGGUGGAAGAGACUUGAGUGGUAACAAGCGUACAAACAAGCUACAAUCGUUUGACCAGAAAUUUGACAAGCUUAAUGAAGCUUUACGUGUCAGCUGUCUCAAGGGUUAUCCUGUCCGAGUUGUGAGGUCCCACAAGGAGAAACGCUCUUCGUAUGCACCAGAUAAAGGAGUACGAUACGAUGGGGUCUACAGGAUUGAAAAGUGUUGGCGGAAAGCUGGAAAACAAGGAUUCAAAGUUUGUCGAUACCUUUUUGUGCGCUGUGAUAAUGAACCUGCACCAUGGACCAGUGAUGAACAUGGGGACCGUCCUAGGGCCUUGCCUCCCAUCAAAGAACUAAAAGGUGCCACAGAUAUGACUGAGAGAAAAGGAGCUCCAGCCUGGGAUUAUGAUGAGGAAAAGAGUUGCUGGAUGUGGAAAAAGGCUCCUCCUCCUAGUAGGAAACCAGUUCAAUGUGAAAAUGAAGAUGGAACAAAAGUGAGAAAAGUUAGACCAAAGAGACAUACAAUGUCUGUAAAGCAGAGGCUCUUGAAAGAGUUUAGUUGUCUUCUUUGUCGGGAAGUGAUGAAUCACCCGCUUACCACUCCAUGUGCUCACAACUUCUGCAAGGCAUGUUUGAAUGGUGCCUUUGCAGGGCAAUCUUUUACAAGACAGAGGACAUGUGAAGGCAGACGUACAUUACGAGCCCAGAAAAAUAUAAUGAAAUGCCCGUCGUGUCCAACUGAUAUAUCUGAUUUCCUCCAGAAUCCCCAGAUUAAUAGAGAGUUGAUGAAUGUGAUAGAAUCACUGAAGCAACAAAUUGAGGAAGAAAGUGCAGCAUUAAGUGCUGAUGUUGAUGAUGGUGGCUUGGAUGGAAACGACGAGAUUCUGGCUGAUGAAGCUGUUGAAACAGAUAAAAGUGUGGAGGAUGAUAAAGGUGCACAGCCUGUCAAUGAGAAUGAAACCAAGCAGACCCACAAAAGGAAGAGAUCCAAUAGUAUUGACAAUGUAUCACCGAAAAAAUCCAUUGACAAAUCUGAUAAGCAUAAUCUUGAGGAAUUUGAUUCUGCCAUACCUGAAUUUUCAGUUUGCGAGUAGCCACAUGCGACUGGACAGUUGAUGGAGCUAUAACACAUCUUUGAAGAAGCAGCAAAAUGGUGAUAACUAAGGUGGUUUUGGGAAUGUUGAUUCUGAACAAGCUUGUUGACACUUGUUUAUUGUGGAUAGUUUCUGGUUUAUUUUUGUUUGGAGCUAUAAGAACUUGGUGCAUUUGUCAAAUUCCAAUUGCAUAGCAAACUUGCUUUGAUGUUGAAGCUUAUAUCAGCAACCAAUUGGUGUUCUAUUGUAAUCUUUUUGGAUAGUAGAUUAAAAUUAUAAACUGCAACCAUUAAUGGAGAUUUAUUUUCUUUAUA